GAUGAGCUACACGUAAUUGACCUUUCAAAUAACCAAAUGCAUGGGCCAAUACCUCGAUGGGCAUGGGAAACUUGGAAGGAAUUGUUCUUCUUGGACCUGUCAAAUAAUAAGUUUACCAGUAUAGGACACGACUCUUUGCUCCCCUGCUUGUACACAAGAUACAUCAAUCUCAGUUAUAACAUGUUUGAAGGGCCCAUACCUAUACCUAAAGAGAAUUCAGACUUGGAGUUAGAUUACUCAAAUAAUCGGUUUUCGUAUAUGCCAUUUGAUUUAAUUCCUUAUCUUGCCGGUAUACUAUCUCUAAAGGCCUCUAGGAACAAUAUCUCUGGAGAAAUCCCAUCAACAUUCUGCACUGUUAAGAGUCUUCAAAUCCUUGACCUCUCCUACAAUAUCUUAAAUGGUUCAAUUCCUUCUUGCUUAAUGGAGAAUUCUUCAACAAUAAAAGUACUAAACUUGAAGGCGAACCAACUUAACGGAGAGUUGCCGCACAAUAUCAAGGAAGAUUGUGCAUUUGAGGCAUUGGAUUUCAGCUACAAUCGAUUUGAAGGGCAACUGCCCACAUCAUUAGUUGCUUGCAAAAACUUGGUGGUACUUGAUGUUGGGAACAAUCAAAUUGGAGGCUCUUUCCCAUGUUGGAUGCAUCUUCUUCCUAAACUUCAAGUCCUUGUCCUGAAGUCCAAUAAGUUCUACGGACAGUUGGGGCCUACUCUUACCAAAGAUGAUGACUGUGAAUUACAGCAUCUCCGAAUUCUUGAUCUAGCUUCAAACAAUUUCUCGGGCAUAUUGCCUGAUGAAUGGUUUAGGAAAUUAAAAGCUAUGAUGUCAGUCUCCAGUAACGAAAUAUUGGUCAUGAAAGAUGGAGAUAUGUAUGGCACAUAUAACCAUAUAACAUAUCUUUUUACUACUACGGUUACAUAUAAAGGACUUGACUUGACAUUUACUAAGAUCUUAAAGACCUUUGUACUAAUUGAUGUCUCAAACAAUAGGUUCCAUGGCAGCAUUCCUGAAACUAUUGCCACACUAAGCGUGCUCAGUGGUCUCAACAUGUCACAUAAUGCUCUUACAGGACCAAUUCCCAACCAGCUUGCUAGUCUGCAUCAACUUGAGUCUUUGGACCUCUCUUCAAAUAAGCUUUCUGGGGAGAUCCCUCAAAAAUUAGCAUCCUUGGACUUCCUAUCAACAUUGAACCUAUCAAAUAAUAUGCUGGAGGGAAGAAUACCAGAGUCACCUCAUUUCUUGACACUCCACAAUAGUUCAUUUAUAAGAAAUGCUGGUUUGUGUGGGCCUCCACUGUCAAACGAAUGCAGCAACAAAUCAACAUCUUCUGAAGAGAAAUCUGUAGACGUUAUGCUAUUUCUCUUCGUUGGAUUGGGUUUUGGUGUUGGGUUCGCUAUUGCAGUUGUAGUUUCAUGGAAACCUUGCAUUGGCAAAUAAUCUUUGAAGGAAUCCACCCUUUUUUUAUAUUUAUCUGUUCAGGAGUCUGCCAGUCUGCUUCCCCUUGUAAUUUUAGCUGUAAUUGUAGCUAGCAUGUAUAUAAUACUAUGUGCAUGGACAACACUUUUCCAUCA